GACCUAAACUUCAAACCAGCAGAAGCUAUGGCUUCCCAGGUCUGUAGGGGGAAGACUUUCCAACGGAUGAGUCUUUUGCUUAACCUACCUUCCACCCUCUAAUUCCCACACUCCCCAGUCUCAGAUGAGGGAGACCAGGGCCAAAGAACAAUAGGAUCUAGAGGGCAGGGGCCUCUUCCAGGACUGGGACACUGCAGGCAUGGAGCAAUCAACAGUAGUGAUGAAAAACCACUGUGUCCCCAUUCUGGUUGCCCCAGUUCCAGCAGGUGAUGUGCCAAUAGGGAGGUGGCCACCCAAAUAGAGAAAUGGAAGGAGACGGACCUUUUUCUUUCAUACCGAGGCACCCCAUUCCCACCUAGAAAAACUCUUAGUCCCACUGAGAGUUCCAGGCUAUGGUCGGAUGGCAUGUGGAUGUGGGGAAGAGCCCCUGGACUCCAAGCAGACCCCUCAGAUGUGACACAGUGGCUCCCGGAUUGCCAGAGGAGCGGAAGCUCUGGCAGGAGGAAAAGCCCCCACAGCAGACAGGUGGCCCUGUCUGACCCCUCCUGCUGCUGCUUCCAACAACUUCCCUGGGGAGGGGGGGCCUGUACUCCCCCAGCAUCCCCAUCACACCCCUGUCAGCGGGUAGGGUAGGUGAGAUGGCCACCGCAACAGUGUUUACAACUGCAUGUUGGUUGUGGACAUCAGCCCUUGGGGCCUUUGGCUGAUGGUCACACGCUGCCCACACCACUUUGCUGCUUGCUUUUUGCCUAACAGGUGACACCCACACACCCUAACCUGCUCUCUGAUGGCCUCUCAGAUAUGGCCUGAGCCAGCAUUUCUCAUCGACACCCUUUCUCUCCACAGGCUUGUCUCCCUGCACAAGCUUCCAGAGAGUUCAUUCUAGUUGUAGCACUGCUGCAGACCCUUUGUGGCUGUGUCUUGAAGCCAGUGGGAGUCAGGCUUGUGGUGACAGGAUUGAGGGUGGCUCUUCCAAAUCCCUUCAUAGCAGGACAUCUCCUCAGGGUCACAGUGCUUGAGCAAGCCCAAGGAAAUCAGCAGGACAAGCUCUGCCAUCAAGGAAAGCAGCACAGGGCCAGCCCUCGCCCAUGGACCCUUCUCAGGACAACCCAAAGGCACCAGUGAGGCUGUUCUCCUAAGCCACACAGGGCCUGGGCACACCAUCCUCCGGGAGGAGCCAUGGUGUUUAGAAGGGGCAGCUCCCAGCCGUGGUGUGGACCAGGAGGGGACAGCGGUUGCAUAGGCACCCUGGGCAUGCUCAGGGCUGCCCUGCUGCUUGUCAGCCUGCUGUGGGGGGCCCAGGGAACAGCUAGUACCAACCUCAGCACAGCUCUGGGCCAUCCUGGGCCACGGCCAGGGGGCCGCUACUUGAGCAUUGGGGAUGGCUCUGUGGUGGAGUUUGAGUUCCCAGAGAAUAGUGAGGGCAUUAUCGUGAUCUCAAGUCAGUACCAAGGCCAAAGCAAUGUGUCAGGGCCCGGUCCCACACUGAGAGUUACCUCCUUGGACACAGAGGUGCUGAUCAUCCAGAAUGUGAGUGCCAUAACCUGGGGCAUUGGAGGUGGCUUUGUGGUGAGCAUCCACUCAGGCCUGCCUGGGCUAGCCCCACUGCACAUCCAGCUUGUGGACCCCCAUGAGGGCCCACCCAUGCUGAUUGAGGAGCGGAGAGAUUUCUGCAUUAAGGUCUCACCCGCCGAAGACACUCCCACCACCGUUGGCACUGACCUUGCUCACUUCUCGGAGAAUCCCAUACUCUACUUGCUCCUGCCUCUUAUCUUUGUCAACAAGUGUUCAUUUGGGUGCAAAGUGGAGCUCCAGGUUCUGAAGGGGUUCCUGCAGAGCCCCCAGCCCAUGCUGCUGGGCCUGCUGGGCCAGUUUCUGGUCAUGCCUUUCUAUGCUUUCCUGAUGGCCAAGGUCUUCAUGCUGCCAAAGGCCCUGGCUCUGGGCCUCAUCAUCACCUGCUCGUCACCUGGUGGCGGAGGGAGCUACCUCUUUAGUCUCCUCCUUGGAGGGGAUGUCACCCUGGCCAUCUCCAUGACUUUCAUCUCCACAGUGGCUGCCACUGGUUUCCUGCCACUGUCCUCAGCUGUCUACAGCCACCUGCUCAGCAUCCACGAAACACUCCAUGUGCCCAUCUCCAAGAUCCUGGGGAGCCUGCUGUUUAUUGCCAUCCCCAUCAUAGUAGGUGUGCUGAUCAAGUCCAAGCUCCCCAAGCUCUCUCAGCUGCUGCUGCAGGUCAUUAAGCCCUUCAGCUUUGUGCUGCUCCUGGGUGGCCUCUUCCUGGCCUACCGCAUGGGGAUCUUCAUCCUGGCAGGCGUCAGGCUGCCUAUUGUGCUGGUGGGCCUCACUGUGCCCCUGGUUGGCCUCCUGGUGGGCUACUGCCUGGCCACAUGCCUGAAGCUGCCAGUGGCCCAGCGGAGGACAGUAAGCAUUGAAGUUGGGGUCCAGAACAGCCUGCUGGCCUUGGCCAUGCUGCAGCUGUCCCUCCGCCGCCUUCAAGCCGACUAUGCUUCUCAGGCCCCCUUCCUUGUGGCACUGAGCGGCACCUCGGAGAUGCUGGCCUUGGUUAUUGGCCACUCCAUCUACAGCAGCCUGUGCCCAGGUCCCUGAGGCCCCUGGGUCAAGCAUUUGCCACUCCUUGCCCCCACCCUACACCCACUGUCCCCACGGUUCUUGUGUACCAAAGGCCUUUAGUUCUCAUGCACUAUGCACUCAGAAAAAUCCAGGCUUAUUUUUGUUACUGGUUUUUUAUUCUCCAGCUUUCAGUGCCCAAGAGGCCAUGCUAAGUUGGGUAUGUGGGCACUGCCCAGAAAAUAUAUUUGAAUAAAAGAGAAGCAAACUUGGGUCUCUUCCAGUCUUUGCUGUUUGGGGUCUGACAGUGGAGGUAGGAAGGGUGUUCACUGGGUAGGUGUGGGCCAGGGUGGAGGAC